ACUGUACUGGUGAGUGUGUUAUUGUACUAUCUCCAAUCUUUUUUAUGGGAAUUCAGCACUUUAGACUUUGAUUUUGUAUUAAAUUUCUUGUUUUUAUUAUACAAUUACGAGUGGUAACGCAUAGCUGGAAAUUACAAUAUGCCUGAAAGAUUGAACAUAGAUGCUCCCCUUUGGGAUCAAAGCACCUUUGUGGGUAGAUUCAAGCAUUUUUUGUGGGUAACAGAUCCAAGAACUUGUGUUGUCGGCGAUGAGGCUUUAGAUAAUGCAAAAUUGCUGGUGGAACAGUACCGCAAAGGUACUGAACCUCCUGGUACUAGUCUGGAACAGGUUAUCUAUGCGAAAAAGUUGUACGAAAGUGCUUUUCAUCCAGACAGCGGAGAGAAACAGAAUGUGUUUGGACGAAUGUCGUUUCAGGUGCCCGGUGGUAUGGCUAUUACUGGAGCUAUGUUACAGUGGUACAGAACACCGUUUGCAGUUGUCUUCUGGCAAUGGGUGAAUCAGUCCUUCAACGCUUUAGUUAACUACACCAAUCGUAACGCGAAAUCUCCAACCACCACCACGCAGUUAGUGGUUGCCUAUGUUUCUGCAACCUCGUCAGCCAUGGUCACUGCUUUAGGAUGUAAAUACUAUUGGCAGAAAAGGGCUAGUCCAUUUAUUCAGAGGUAUGUUCCAUUCGCUGCAGUAGCAGCUGCUAACUGUGUUAAUAUUCCUCUAAUGAGACAAAACGAGUUUCUUCACGGAAUCGAUUGUUCAGACGAUAAAGGGCGCAUUGUUGGCCAAUCAAAAGUUGCGGCAGCUAAAGCUUUUUCACAGGUUAUUAUAUCGCGUAUAACUAUGUGCGCUCCUGGUAUGUUGAUACUGCCUGUAAUCAUGGAGAGAGCUGAGAAGUUUCCGUUCAUGAAGAAAAUUACUUAUUUACAUGGGCCUAUUCAAGUUAUGGCAGUUGGUUGCUUCUUAUCCUUUAUGGUACCAGUAGCGUGUGGCUUGUUUCCUCAGAGAUGUUCCAUGAAACUGACAACACUGGCUUGGAUCGAACCAGAGGCGUACGAGAAAAUUAAGAAAAACUGCGGCGACGAUAUUCCCGAACGAAUCUACUUCAACAAAGGGCUCUAAGUGGCACGCAACACUCACUAAAUAGCUUGACAAUAAUUAUACACUCUCACACAAACCAAACCGGUAUCACUUUCCAAGAAGGUAUACGUAAAAUUGGCAUGUAAUGCUUAAGAAAUGAAUAAGUUAUAAUAACAAUAAGUUGCCAAUAAUUUUUAGUGAUAUUAGUUUAGGAUUUCGGACUUUUUAAUAAAUUAAUUAG